UCUUGGGCUUGUUUAGCACCGCAUACACAACCAGAAACUUCUGACCAACUCAUGCCAGCGAGUUGCCCACGUCGAUCAUCACUGCGGGGGUUGGAGGACGAGAUCGGACCAAACUCUCGACAACUCAUCGAAAUGCCGUCUUUCCCCCUCGACCAGUUUGUCGACCUGGAAGAGAUGAUGUGCAAGCAAUUACUGAACCUUGACUUGAGGGAGCAGAACAGACCACCACCACCAUCAUCCCUCAGUCUGGGAAUGAGACCACCAGGUUGUAUUGGUCAGCCUCGUAGCAACUCAUCGUUCUCCCUUUCGUCUCUCUCCUGCCUCCCCUCUGAUCCUUCAGAUAGUUCCUUUCUGACCUCCAGCCAAUGGGGGCAGCAGCCAGAAAGCCCUCUGCCCGCCCAGCUUACUAAUUCCACCCAGUGGGGAAAGUCGGGCUUCCUUGCCCAGCGCUCCCUCAGCAUGGUAGAGACCAGCAGCACCACAACGACAGCAAGUCUUGGCUGGCCGGGGACUGACAUAACGCAUUCCCAAAGUGACCUCAGCCCUACUGGACUGAACUCUAGCUCCUCUUCCACCUCGCCCGUUUCCUGUUCCUCAACCCGCUACAAGACUGAACUGUGUCGAUCCUUCAGUGAGAGCGGCUUGUGCAAGUACGGCGGGAAGUGCCAGUUUGCCCACGGGCUGGAUGAGCUGCGGGAUCUCAACAGGCAUCCCAAAUACAAAACGGAGCCGUGCCGUACGUUUCACACCAUCGGCUUCUGCCCCUACGGGAUCCGCUGCCACUUUGUCCACAACAACGAGGAGGAAAUGAAACAUUCCCUCUCUCGCUCCUCCUCGUCCUCUUCCUGCUCUUCCUCAAGCAUUUCCCAGCAGCCACCUUCCUCCUUCCGCCCGCACAGACCUCCUCUCGUCAGACAGAGCUUCAGCUUCGCCGGGUUUCCCUCUGCUCCCCAGCAAGCCCUUCAGCCGGCCCUUCCUGCUCGCCCUCCUGCCACUGCUUCUUUCACUCGAGCUCCAUCGGCCUCUCCUCCUUCCUGCGCUGACAUUACCGACCUACUUUCUCAUGCCUUCCUGGAGAUGGACUCUGCCUUUGAGGCCUCCCCAGUCCACCAGCACCAGCUCCCCAUGGGCCAGGCCACUGCAGCGGAUCCCCGGUCUCCGUUCCUGCCUUCCCCGGACUCCGGCUGUUCUCCAAGCGGGAUGUCUCCGACCGCCUCCCCUUCUCUGAGGCAGAGUCCCAACGCUACCGGGGUCUUCCCAGGGCCGCUGGGUGCACGAUCCCUGUCCUACACCUCUCUGUCAGACCAGGACCAGGAUGGAAGCAGCUCUGCUAGCUCGCUCAGUGGCUCUGAAUCCUGCGGAGGCUUGAAUGAUGCCAACGGCAGACGUCUGGCUGUAUUCAGUCAGCUCUCUGUUCCCGAUGAUGCUACUGGGUUCUGCCUUUAGGCUGCAGUGUGCUUUGAACACAAACAUACAUUUAUAUAUAUAUACAACAUAAUAUAUGCUGUACGCACAUAUAUCCACCUUCAAGCAUGCACAAUGCACACACACUAGAGCCCUAUAAAUGCGCACACACACACACACACACACACACACACACACACACACACACACACACACUGCACUAACACCACAGACGUUCUUUGCUCCUGUGUGACAUCAAAGGAAACAAAGACUUAUUGACUGAAUCGGAAAGCACAGAGAGAUUCGCCUAUUCGAUUUAUGUGGUUUAAAUCUCACUGUCACAUGCCUAAGGGAAGCGUCAGUGAAGAAGCCAAAAUGUGUGUUGCCACCAAAAUGGAGUGUAUAUCAAGACAGAAGUUUGAAAGUGCCGGAGGCGAUUAAUGCUUAACCAAAAUAAUAUGUUAAGAUGGCAAAUUGCGACAACGAUUUUGUAAUCACAGUGUGAUUGGCCAUGUUGCCACCUGUGGGUGAGUCCAACCACACCAUUUAUGUUACCUUUUUACCAACAUCUGAGUGAUCAAAGGAAUGUGACAAAGCCAAAGACAUCUUUGUAGCUCAAACGUUUCGAUUAUGGUAGUACAAACGCACUAUGUUAACCAUACACAGUAUUGUGUUUAUAAGCUGUUGAAACUGUUGUUUUUCCUCAUAAAUACAGUCUGAGGUUAUGUUUAGAUCACUGGCCUUGAAACCCGAAUGUUACGUUUUUAAACAACUCAAGUGCCUGUUGCGUUAUUUACCAGGUCAUGUGUUUAAACAAUAUUUGCUGGUUCGUUAGGAGAGAUGUUUGGAUGGGGUGCAGGUCUCUUUAUUUUGUCUAAUAAGCUAGAGUUCAAGUCUCUGUGUUGUUAAGAUGACUACAAGUGUUCUUUUGUGUCAUGUGCUUUAUUGAUUAGCUGCCACCGGUGAAAUGUCAAAUGACCAAAUAUAACCUGCCUUACAGGGGGGAGGAGGGGUGUUCAGUUUGAGCUUAACUAAAAAGCCAAGUGGGCUUGAUCAUACGUUCACAAAUCCCAUGUUCAUGACAUAUCAUUGACUGCAUGAGUUGCCAACUGAAAAAGCAGGGCAUGGGUAUUAGUUUGGCUUUGAUAUGCAAAUUGUGCCAGCCAAAAUGGCCAGCAGUGCAGAAACUCCAUCAAUAUUGAGAGUCAAAGAUGGGCCAAAAACAAAUGAGAUGCCAUCACAUUAUUCUGCAUCUUAAUUUGUGUAAACUGAUAUGAUCUGAAAUUGACUUUUGUUAGGCACUUGGCAUAGAAGGACAUUUUUAUCAAGUCAUGUGACUCUUUCGUGUCCUGUUUUACCUCUGGCAUUUUCCCCUAAAUACUUUGUGGCGCUAAUAUGUAUUUUAGAUUAUCUUAAACACAACAUUCCCAGGAGCGUUUCUUUCCCCUCCUUUGUCCACAGGCAGCACUGGUGUUACAUUUUUGAUAAAUAUUCAUGUUUUUGUGACUCGGCACACCAUAUUUUUCAUCUCUCCGUCAAUAUUAAUUCUUCCUGUUAUGGCUUUGUACUGUUAAGAAUGUGUAGCGUUCCCGGUCACAUGUAUGUGAACUGUGGGUCUGUUGCCUUAUCGAGCUAGAUCCAGCAUGUUGUAGGGUUAGGGUAUGUAAGCUUAGUGUUAUAGAAAUGUUACUUGUGUGUUUAUGAUGUAGUUGGUUAGAAGAACAGACACUGUGCUGUUACUGGUCUAUUUAAAAUCGCCUUUUCAUCAACAUGUUUGAGGCCUGUUUAGUGUUAAAGGUGAUAAACUUUAGUAAAUUAAUUUCUUUAAUUUAUUUUAACAUAUUUAUAGAGGACUUUGAGUUGGUGAUGCUUGUAUCAAGUUUAAUAUAUUUGGUUUCUCUUUUUUUUUUGCUUUUUUUGU